AUGCGGCAAGUCACGUCAGCAGACUACCUUUACGAGGACGCCCUCGCGGAAGAUAUUCCGACAGACCCCCAAGUACGACAGGACUAUUGGUUUGACCGAUGCCAAGACAAGAUUGAAGAGUCGCACCUGGGUGGCCUUUUCGCCGGGCUUUUCAAAUUCCAUGUUCACCGUAUUACGCGCGAAGAGCUCCACGAGUGGCGAUCGCACCCAGACGGAAACCAAUAUCUGGUCGCAAAGAUAGUCGAGAAAUUCGAGGAGUUACCCGACAACUACAGGGGAGGAUACUUCCCCUGGUUCCUGAGAAACCGUACCCGCUUCGAACUCGACCAUUCAACUGUCCAAGCACCCUGCCAAAUAACGCAGUUACGAAACAGGGAGGCUAGGGCCCGCAAGUAUCUGGCCCCUAAGGACCGGCACAAAGAUAUUAAGGACUUGACACCUUUUGCGAAGUUUCAUUGCUUCUUCUUCUAUCUCAUGGCCUUGGACAAUGAACACCCGCCGCCUUUGAACCGGGAACACUGCCAUUGGUUUGACUUUGGUUUCGUUGUCUCCCACGACGAGCACGAGGAAAGCUUGCUGGGGGCAAUGUACAGCACCAUACUGUUCGGGUCCACAGCUCAAGAGGAAUACAUGCAGAGUCUCGGAUCCUCAACUAUGGCGGAACAGAUCAACGAGAAAGAUCCUAUCUGCAGCUUCGACGAAUUCUGGAAGGCGUGGGAAAGAGGAGAACUUAUGACCUUGUUCGACAAACACUGGCCAGACUUGAAGACCAAGAGCACCACUACAUACAACAUCUUUGAUCGCUUGCGCGUGUUCCUCGAGGCAAAGGCGCCUCGUCCGUCCAUCUGGAGGUUGCGUCACUUCCUUGCCAUGGAAGAUGUUUCUGUCGAGUCUGCCGCGCCCGAGAUUGCCUGGGCGGCGCGGGACUAUGGAUUUUCUGAGCAGUUGGACACGAGGACGACAAUAGAGUUGAAGGAGCUUUAUCGGCAGCUCUUCAAGAAGGUGGAGCCUUUGGUAAUUCAUCAUGAAAGAAUGAAAGGCAAUUUAGUGCAACUUGCGGAGAAUCACGUCGAUAUUACAGCUCCAAGGAUGAAAGAAGUGCUUGAGGGUCUUCGAUAG